CAGCAACUUGUUACAGGCUCAGCGGUCCUCCCUCUGCUGGAUUAUUUAUUAGGCGCUCCGUCCCAUGUCGCCAUCUGCUCGAAGGAGAAAAAAACAACAAAAAAAACAACAGGACUCUUCGAGCCACAUGACAGGAGACAUUAACUCGGUAGAAAAAGUAAACACACAAAAUAAAAAUAGUUUAUAGGACUCAGAAGAUCUUGUGCAACAGGUGUUCAGGAGAAUCCUGCUUGUCAGAGCUAAAGCGGAUAACUCAUUCAGCAAAGCAGAGGUUAGUUCAAACAGCGUAGGAUGCAGUGAGUUUUUAAUCCAGUAUGUAAAGAAGAUGACAUGUUUAUUUCUGGGGCGUUUUCCGCUGUUUAUCGUCGCUUUAUAGAGACCCAUGGAGCAAUAACCGAGCUUGUCCACAGAAUUAACCCGGUGACUGACAUGUUCAGAGGCUUUAUGGAUGCAGCGCUGCUAACCCUGUCCGCCCGGUGAACUGAGUCAGGGAGGGGGAGGGGGUCAUAGCAGGCAACCGAGGGACGGAGCCGCCUAACCCGCAGCCGGCUGCAGCCAUGGUGGUGGAGGGCGACAGGACGCUGGUGGCAGCCAGGCAGGGAGACGUGCAGACGCUCAAAACGCUCUUAGCCGCGAAGGUUCUCAGCAGCGACGUGAAGGAUGUUCUGGGGGCUUCGCCGGUCCACCACGCAGCCCGGGCCGGGAAGCUGACCUGCCUGCGUUUUCUGGUGGAGGAGGCAGGGCUGCAGUGUAACUGCCUGGCAAACAACGGGGCCAGUCCGGCCCACGAUGCGGCAGCCACGGGCAACCUGGCCUGCUUACAGUGGCUGCUGACCCAGGGGGGGUGUCGGCCGGAGGACAAGGACAGCUCUGGAGCCACGGUUCUCCACCUUGCGUGUCGCUUCAGUCACCACGAGAUCACCGAAUGGCUGCUGAAGAGCAGCGAGGUGGACCCCGGGGCCUCCACCGACACAGGAGCCCUACCUGUUCAUUAUGCAGCUGCCAAGGGAGAUCUGGCUUCUCUCCGACUGUUACUGGGACACAGCCCAAAUGUCGUCAACUCCCAAACUAAGAAUGGUGCCACGCCGCUCUACCUGGCCUGCCAGGAGGGUCAUCUGGAGGUCGUCCAAUACCUGGUCAAGGACUGUGGGGCAGAUCCGAGCAUCAGAGCCAACGACGGGAUGACGCCUCUGCACGCUGCUGCUCAGAUGGGCCACAGCACCGUCAUCGUCUGGCUGAUGAGUUUCACAGACAUCAGCCUGGCGGACAGGGACGGCGACGGGGCCACGGCCAUGCACUUCGCAGCCAGCCGUGGCCACGCAAAGGUGCUCAGCUGGCUGCUGCUGCAUGGAGGGGAGAUAGUCACCGACAACUGGGGAGGAACCUCUCUCCACGACGCAGCGGAGAACGGGGAGCUGGAGUGCUGUCAGAUACUGGUGGUAAACGGCGUGGACCUGGGCAUUCGGGACCAGGACGGCUUCACGGCCGCGGACCUGGCCGAAUACAACGGCCACUCCCAGUGUGCCAAGUAUCUGCGCACAGUGGAAAACAUGAGUGUGGAGCAUCGGGUUUUGUCUCGAGACCCUUCGAUGGAGCUCGAGUCCAAGCAGCCGGACUCGGGCCUCUCCUCCCCGAACACCACCAUGCCUCCAGCCAGCCAGGCAGCGCACUUCGACAUCGGCUCGCCGUCCAGCUCACUGUCCAACUACGACUCUGCCAACUCCAGCCAGUCCAGCACCGGAGAGAAGAGAAGCAGCCUUACAAUGUCUCGAGGACCUCCCACCCAGCUGAACUCAGUCGCACAUCAAGGUGCAUCAGAGUCGGCCAUUUCAGACAUGCAGGCCUACAUGGACAUGCUGAACCCAGACAUCGGCGCUGACACGGCCAGCAGGAACGAGAUCAGAGCUGACGGUGUACCCAACCCUCCGCCUCCUCCAACCUAUCCUCCUCCGCCUCCCCCUCGAGCUCCACCGAAUCUCCCUCCGGCUCCGAGCUACCCGGCGCCUCCGCCUCCGCAAGAGCCUCAGUCGGCCGAGUUCCUGAAAGUGAAAAGCAACUUGCGGCACGUGGACAGCAAAAGCAGCAAAAAGGAGCAGCUGACUCCUGGGGAGAGCCACGAGAAAUUGCGGCGAGUGGAUUCAAACAGGAAGUCGAGGAGCUUCAACAAACAGCCCAGCACUGGGGACUACUACAAGAGUCUGGGCAGCGACACGGCGGAGCCCCGUGGGAGCAAAGUCAUGGCGCCCAACGAGGAGGGUUCGGUAUUAUUGGAGGAGCCUGCAGAGAGUCCCGCCCCCACCUCUGAAAAUGGCACCACAGAGGAAUCUGUGUCGCCUCCGCAGCCGCCUCCACCGCCUCCUCUCCCCCCCAGCAACCCGAUGCCAACGCCCCCUCCUCCUCCUCCACUGCCCACCGGGCCACAAACCACCCAGAACAACGGCAGCACCGCCCCCAGCUCCACCUCCACUUCCACCGACAACAGGCGCCCAUCUUCCUCAUCAGGAAGCGGGAAUGUCUCUAUCUCCCCCCCAGACAGAGGGCCGCUUAGACAGAUGAAGAGCACAAAAUCUUUCAACAUGAUGUCCCCCACCGGAGACAACUCAGAGCUGCUGGCAGAGAUCAAAGCCGGAAAGAGCCUCAAGCCCACGCCUCACAGUAAAGGCUACACCACCGUGUUCUCCAACACGGGGACGACAGGCAACAAUGGAACCACCACACCUCCAGAGACCCAAACACCCACCCCACCCGCCCAGCCACCCUCCCCCUCACAGUCCAGCCCGCCUGUUACCUCCCCACCCGUCACCCCGAGCCCCAGCCCCAGCCCCAGCCCCACUGGUCCCAGGAACAUGUCAGGCUCUGCGAGCUACGAGCAGCUGCCCUCCAACUCCGUUGUCAAUGGGGACGGUGGAGCUGGCGCGGCGCAGCCGGAGUCGGGAAGGAAGACGAGCCUCGCCGACAUUGAGGCGUUGGUGCCCACUCAUGACGAGCAGGGGAAAGCCAUCCCCGAGUGGAAAAGGCAGGUGAUGGUGAGGAAGCUUCAGGCCAAGAUGCAGGAGGAGGAAGAGCACAAACGCAAGGCUGAAGAGGAAGCAAAGCGCCUGGCGUCAAUGCCAGCCUGGAGGAGGGACAUGAUGAAGAAGAAAAUGGACGAGGAGAGAUGUGACAGGGAACAAAAAAGAAAAGCAGAACAGCAGGCCAAACAGGCAAAGGAGUCCGAGGAGAAGCAGGAGCUGGAGCGACUACGGACCAUGGGCUACGAUGAGACCAAGCUGGCCCCCUGGCAGCGGCAGAUCAUCCUGAAGAAAGGAGACAUAGCCAAAAAAUGACGACCUGGACCGUUUUCCCUGGAGCGUUCUGCGCCCUCACACACUCGGUCCAAAGUGUCUCCCUCCUCCAUUCUUUAACCCCACGCCGAACAGACAGAGGUGAGGAGAGCUCGUCUCCCCGUCCCUCCUGAAACUCUGUUGUGUCACUCUUCGGGGCCCCGCAGUAACUGAGGCUCGCUUCUGCGGUUGCUGCCUGUCCACACAAGCUCUGAGACUCGGCUCGGGCGAAACACAGCAGAGUGAUCCUACACCUCUUACUAAAAGUCUCAUGGACACAAAUGAUUGUUUAGCAAAGCAUUUCUGGCAUGCACUGACCCGCUUUUUUUUCUUCUUUUUCUUUGCUAAGGCACUUGUUAAAGAACACGAAGUCAAAAUCACAGCUGGUGUAUGCUUACAUUUCUACAAAACCGCAAAUUAUUGGAAGAUGCGUCACGUAGGAGAUUUAAGUUUUUUGGUAGAUGAAAAACGUGACGUUGCUAUGAAAUUGUCUAUUUUUCAGACUGUAAUCGAAAGAAAAGUAGUUCAGAUAUAUAAUUUGUAAUCAAUAAGCAGCCAAUGCAUCAAUAAGAAUGAGCAGUGUCCCAUCGAUGUUUCGUCUUAGUCGUGGCAUUUAGCGUCAAGCUCACAGAUGCACUUAUUGUGCUGUUGCAGGAUCGUUCAGCUGUUCAAAGACGGGGUUUUCUUAGAAGGUUAUAAGCAGCUGGUAUCUUACCUUCUGCAGAUGUCCAUCUCAGUCGCUUCAUUUUGUUUAAAUCCUGAUUAGCUGGUCGUUACAUUUGGAUUAGAAGGUUAUUUACCCCAAAGCUGGUGAAUAUUUACACACAAAUUAAUGACUGAAUGCAGUGCAAAGCGCUUGGAGGAAGUGCGCUACUAUUAAUCUUCCUGCUGGAAAGCCAACAGAAAAUGUAAAGCAUCUGUGGUGAUAAAACAGUCAUUUUUUUUAUGGAAAUGCUCUGCAUGUUCGACUGUCAGUUCAUUUCCAACAGGAAAGUCCUUGAUAGCAGACCACUUCCUGCCUCUGUCUUCCCAUGUAAAUAUUCAUCAGUUUCUGUGUGAAUAUCCACUCAGUGCAAAUAAAUAGACAUAAAUCCCUGUGACUUCUGCAGGCAAGCUAUUAAUUUCUUAUGACCUCUUAAUUAGCCCUUUAAUAUUCUGCCAGUGUUUUGGCAGAAACUACCACUGGUUGUUUCAUUUAUAUUCCACCUCAAAGCUAACAGUUUAUUAAUGUUCAUUCGAUAAGGUUAUUUUCCAAAGAAUCUGGAAUAAUAAUAAAUUGAGAAAAAUUAAUUAUAAUUUUAAUAUAAAAUUAUAACAUAAUUUCAUAUUAACUGCUCUUGGCUCAGAAAAAUAAUACAAAGCUCAAAUUUAUUAUUAGAACGUUUUAAUGUGACCGAAAUGUCAAACUACGUUGUUUAAUCAUGAUUGUGAAUCUUUUUGUGAAUCGCUGCAUUAUAAGAAUCAAACAUGUUUUUAAUGUUUAAUAACAAGGAUACCUGGAACACAAAUAAGACAAAGAGCUGCGAUCCACAGCGGCCGUCUGAUCCGAACCCAUCCGCUUGUUUCUUGCCUCCGUCCCACUGAGCUGCAGGAUGAAUCUUUGAUGAACAGAUCUGCUUACACAUCACAGAGAGACCACUCUGUCUCUCACAGACGGGCACACUAAUGAUAAACUGCACUGCUAGCUAGGUGAGUUGACGUGCUUUAGCGUGUUCGAAAUUUACACUGACCAGUCGCACGUAUAAGAUGAGGAAGACGUCUGAAAAGUACCGUAUGAUUCACUUUUAGACAUUUUAGAGAUCCUUUAAGAGUUCAGGCUGAGAACUAUUUCAUCAUUUCCUCCUUCACAAAUUUAAAAAUAUUUUUACAAUCCAUAUAACAUUAGAACGGUGUUGAUCUGUUUAGAGCAGUGGUUCCCAAAGUCUGGGUCAGGACCCCCAUUUGGGUCUUGAAACACCAAGUGUGUGGUCUUUAGAUUAUCUAACAAACUUUAAGUUAAACUAAAAAAUAAUUAUUUGUUCCAUUUUUUUUUACCUUAAAAGUUAUAAUAAAAUAAAUAAAGAUAAAAUCUGUAGUUGUAAAUGGAUAAAAAUAGUGCAAUAGUUAAGGCUGUCUUGUAGCUACACUUGUUAAAUGUUAGUUAAGUUUGUGUAUAUCAAACAGCAAUAUUCAAUUUCGUGGGUUAGAAAUUGGAAAAAAAAAAAGGGAGCCACUGGUUUAAAGGUCAUUAGAAAAUAAAUAUUUUUGAAAUAGAGCACGCAUUGUUGCAUUUACAUUUAAUAAAGUUUUCUUCCCUUUUUGUAAUCUCAUCAUUACAAAUAAUCUCUUUAAUUCAUCUGUUCGGGUUUGAUUGAUCAUUUGGAAAUAUUCUGACUCACUUCUCAUCAGAUGCCAUAUGAUAUUAAAAUUUAAAGUGAUGUACGUCAUUGCCAUUUAAUUUUCUAUAUAUAUAUAUAUAAAUAUAUAAACUCUGUACAUAGUGACCCUUAGAUUUUUUUUUGUCUUUUCAUUUUUUCCAGAUUUCAUAUUACAUGUCCCAGCCUUGCUUGGAUGUAGAAUGUUGGCUUGUUUUCUUGUCAUAAUAACUUCAGACUGAUAAAAAUGAGCAGAAUAAACCUCAGAUCAUUUAAA